AUGGUUCUAACAAAAUCAUUCAUUAGACAUCAUCUCAAGGCAAUGUCAGGCAUCAAACCCAUCUACUACGCGUCGCACGUCUACCCAAGAGGUACUGCCACCACCACCAACGUCAACAUCUCGGCAAAUGUUGAGUUGUACCUCGACUACAACUGUCCAUACUCGGCCAAACUCUUCAAGAAGUUCCAGGACGAGGUGUUCCCCAAAGUUGACAAUGUUAGCUUCACCUUCAUCCAUGUCGUCCAGCCGUGGCACGGGGUCCAAUCGUCCGUUCUACACGAGAUUGGAAUUGCCCUCUCCAAAGUGGUUCCUGAGAAGUUCUGGGAGUACUCACGCUUGGUGUUUGAUCUCAUUGAACACUGGUAUGACACCGAGAUCAUUGACAUGACUAGGGGGGAUAUCAUCGAGAGUGUCUUAAAGGAAGUUGCCCCCCUAGUGACAGAGACGCAAUUAAAGCAAAUCAGGGGGCUUGUCUCCAUUAGGAGAAGCACGAUUCCCGACAACACGGGGAAUGGCGUCACUGGCGAUGUCAAGUACUUCACAAGGUACCAUCGCACCCGUGGUGUCCACAUGACUCCUACGGUCUUCAUUGACGGCGUGAUUUCUUCCAACAUUGAAAGCAGCACACCGACAUUGGAAAUCGUCAACCUCUUAUCAAAAUUGUAG